AUGCCUGUGCGUAGGGGAAGUGGUGUGUGUCAAAUAAGCCAGGACGGCAGACCGGUCGACGAUGUGGAGGAGCAAAAGCUGCCCUAUAUUACGUUAGCCGAAGUGAAGAGGCACAAUACGCCGGAUGAUUGCUGGAUGAUAAUUCACGGCGGGGUGUACGAUGUUGGCCGUCUGCUCCAUAAGCAUCCGGGUGGAUCGCAGAUUCUGCUGAAAUAUGCUGGCAUGGAUGCCACGCUGCCUUUCGACGACGUAGGGCACUCUAUGGAAAGUUUGAAGUAUGACAUGCCUGCAGGCUCGCUAAAGGGACUCCUCCACCCGAAUGAUAGACCAGCGGGAAAGCAAGACCGGCUUAGCGAGAGCGAAGCGGCCGACGAGAAGGACGACGGCGCGGACUGCAUAACGAUGGCCCAUAAUCGGUCACACGAGUGCCGAAUGGUCCUGAACAAGGUCUACACAGUUGCCCUUUACACCACGAUAAUAAUAUGUGUCUCACUACUGCUAUACACGAGACUGACGUGGCAGUACAAGAUGGGAGCACAGCAUGCCAUGGUUCACGAGAUACGACACCAUGUGGAAGACAAUUUUGCAUCACCAGGUACUCACUUGAAAGCUCGCGACGACGAAUUUGGUAUACCGGCCUGGGCCUACUGA